GGCCGAAAGCCUGGCAUCUAUCACAGCUGGGAUGAGUGUCUGGCACAGGUCAGAGGUUACAAGGGCGCCGCUUUCAAGUCAUUCCCCCUACUCAAUGAGGCCAAAGCCUGGCUGAACGGCGCCGACACGACCAAUUCCUCAACAUCGACAGUAUCUACCAAACCCACCAAGUUCUAUGGUGUACACAAGGGCCACAAGCCGGGCGUCUAUACUUCGUGGGCAGAAGCUCAGAACACAACAACGGACUUCAAGGGCGCUGUCUACAAAUCGUUCAAGACCCGUGAAGAGGCACAAACCUUCUUCAAGAACGGUCAUCCGCCAAAGAGACCAUCCGAGGAGCCUUCGCAAGCAAGCCCACCCGCCANNAAAAAGCAGAAGACGGACACAGAAGAAACCGAGGACUUGGUCGAACACAGUGCUGGAGAAGGCCCCUUGCCCGAAGGCACCGAAGACGGCUUUGAUCCGCGCAUCAAACUGAAUCCCCUGACCGGCAAGAUCGAGUACAAAGAGCCCACUACCAAGUGGCAGGCUGUCAACCUGCAAGAAAGCAAACCAGUAAUCAUCUACACAGACGGCAGUUCGCUUGGUAAUGGAGCUCACGGAGCCGUCGCAGGAGUUGGCGUCUACUUUGCANAUCUGUCCGAGCCACUAUCCGGUACUCGUCAAACGAAUCAACGCGCCGAACUCACCGCCAUCCAACGUGCUCUUGAGAUUGCCCCACGCAAUCGCCCUGUUACCAUCUACACUGACAGCAACUACUCGAUCAAGUGCGUGACCGAGUGGUUUGUCAAAUGGCGGGCCAAUGGCUGGCUCAAUGCGUCUAAGAAGCCCGUGGAGAACAAGGAUCUGAUUGAGAAGAUUCUGACUCUAAUCGAGCAGCGAAGAAACAUGUCUCAAGAAAUCAGCAGCGUCAACAAGGUCGAGUUCGUAUGGGUCAAGGGACAUGCCACCAACGAGGGUAACAUUGCGGCCGACGAGCUUGCUGUUGCUGGUGCGCGUGAGGCUAGGGAGAUCAUCGCCAACCCUGACUUCGAAGAGUCG